AUGUUGGACAUUAAGUUGCUGCGGGACGAUCCGGCGCUUGUCAAGGAAUCGCAGCGGCGCCGUUUCCAACCUGAAUCGGAUGUAGAUGAUGUAAUCGACCUGGAUCGUCAAUGGCGAGCUGCCCAAUUCAACCUCGAGAAAAAGUCCGCCGAAAUCAACAAGAUUGAAAAGGAGAUCGCGAAACUUCUCCGGACAAAUGGGGACUCCGCAAAUCUGCUGGCGGAGAAGGGCGCCCUGGAGAAUGAACAUACUGAGCUAAAGCUGCGAGCUUCAAAGUUAAAGUUGGAGCUGGAUUCCAAGUUGAAGUCUUUGGGCAACCUCGUGCACGAUUCUGUGCCUGUCAGCUCAAACGAGAAAGACAAGGUGGUUGUCACGAAAUGGGGUGUACCUCGACAAGAUCAAGAGGCUCUAGAAAAUCAUGUCAGUCUGUGUAAAAAGCUCGAUGCGGUUGAUGUUGAGCGGGGUGCUGCGGUGGCAGGCCAUCGAGGCUACUAUCUGUUGGACCCGGGGUUUGAGCUGAACAUGGCGCUCGUUAACUUUGGGUUGAAGUUUCUGAAAGAUCGUGGCUACAGAAAGAUUCAGACGCCUACUUUAAUGGACAAGGCUGUGAUGAAAUGCUGCGCACAGCUCUCUCAGUUCGACGAGGAGCUCUAUGAACUCGCAGGGGAGGGGAAAUAUCUCAUAGCCACUUCGGAACAGGCUCUCUGCGGCUAUUUGAAGGAUAAUAACGUGGCUCCAGAAAGUCUCCCCCUCCGAUAUGCUGGUUAUUCUUCCUGCUUCCGUAAAGAAGCCGGAAGCCAUGGCAAGGAUACGCUGGGCAUUUUCCGGGUUCACGAGUUUCAAAAGGUCGAGCAAUUCUGUGUAACUUCUCCAGAGACAUCCUGGGACAUGCUAGAGGAGAUGAUAAAAACUUCUGAAGAUUUCUACCAACAGCUGGGCUUACCUUACCAGGUUGUCAACGUUGUGUCUGGGGAGCUGAAUGAUGCUGCAGCGAAGAAGUAUGAUUUGGAGGCGUGGUUUCCUGCCGCGGGGAAAUAUGAGGAGCUGGUGUCCUGUUCCAACUGCACAGAUUAUCAAGCGAGGAGCCUGAAUAUCAAAUCGGGGAAGAAGCUUGUGCACCUCUUAAACUGCACAUUGGUAGCCACUCAACGAACCAUGUGCUGUAUCGUCGAAAAUUAUCAGACUCGAAAUGGGGUACGUGUGCCUGAAGUUUUGCAGCCUUUCAUGGAUGGGACGACAUUCCUUCCAUUCCCCAAGUGAAAGAACUUAAUGUUCACGCGUGCAAGUUCUACGUUUGAGGCCCGCGCAUUAGGUUCAAGUACAAUGUUUUACAUCGGCGAUAGAGACUGUAACUUGCAAUGUUGGAAGAGGUAAAGUUCUCUCGAUAUAAUUACAAACGUUUUUAUAGGAAAAUAUUAAAAUGAAAAAUAAAGUUGAUUCAAAAUUCUUCU